AUGCUUAGAACCGCUAAAUCCUCAUCUCUGAGGACAGGCUUUCUAAAUCUCCGCUUUCGACCAUACUUAAGGUGUGUCACUACUUCCACCAGAGAACACCCAGAGCCAGCGCUAUUUAAAGCAAAUUAUGCAUACCCUUCCAUAGUUGAAGACCUAAAAAAGAACGCACAGUUGCAUACUCAAAAGACGAGGCAAGUAUCGCUCACACAGAAACCUUUUAACGAAAUUUCUCCAGAGUCCGUCGCUGAUCUCCCGGAAGAACAGAAAAAAGAAGUAGCUUGGUCUUCAAGUUACGACCCAGUGACGAGGUCACCUUUUGUGAAAGACGUUGUGCACCUUCAGUCUUUGUUAGAUGCUCUUCUAGCUUCCAAGAACUUCGAUAGAGCAGAUAACAUCCUCAAGGCUAUAUAUCCCUUGCUUGAUCAGGCAAAGGGAUUUGCUCAGCUUUUGAACAAGUACUUAGAAGCUUACGCUGCGGAAGAUUCCACUACCAUCGAGGACCUAGAGCUGUACGUGGAAAAGUCUCUGGUACAGUUCAACUUCCAACCUAACGAUAGAACAUACGCUUUACUUCUAGGAAAAAGUCUCUCAAACCCUGAAAAGUUUGAAAAAUGGCUUAAUCGUGCUAAAAAAUCUCGCCAUUUAUUCCGCAACAUGCUAAACAACGUGGAUGUCAUCACUAUCGAAGGUCUAACCAAGAUCUUCAGGGAUCCCACUUUGAAGCCUCUGUACGUCCCACAGGAUUUAAUUGCCGUUUACAACGAGGUGAGGAGUCCAGGCGAAUCCAAUGCCAAAUCAACUGACGACACCCCAGAAUACUUCUCGAGUGAUUCCGUCGAUGCACCAAUCUUAGAGAAGGAAGAUGCCAUUACACUUCGUUCUGUAGAUUCAUUUGGUAUGAAGGUCAUUAGACACACGCUUUUGGGUCUUAAAUCGGAAACCAAGCUUGAUCUUGAGCUGUUAUUCAAGGACCUUGAUGGGUCUAUUGACUCACAUCUUCUUCAUAAUGUUACCGACUCCAAAAGAAACUGUCAUGAGAUUUUCAAGAAGCUUAAGUCUCCUGAAGACAAGGCUAGAUUCAACAAAAUUCUCGAAAUAUUCAACGAAAGACGUCAAAAGGAUUUGGAAGCUCGAGGAAUCGAGGGAGCCCGUGCAAAGUGGAACCAUGAAUUUAAUACCCUUCAACAACGUGGCGAAAUUUCCAUGAACAAGAACUUGAAUGUUCAAUUGUACAAGUGGUAUAGUGACAUGCUUCCAUUAGUCGAGGAAGAACACCAGUUGUGCAAGCAACUACUCAAUAACGAGAUCAAUAUGUCUGAGCUUUCCCAAGAGGAGAAAAAACAAAUGAAGGACAGGUCAUUUUAUGCUCCAUACUUUGUACUUGUGCCACCAAAGACUCUCUGUGUUAUUGUCAUCUUUGAAUUGUUGAAGCUCAACAGCACAGGUGGUAUUGUGGAUGGUAUGCGUGCAGCUAGGGCAAUUAUUUCUGUCGGUCGUGCUGUCGAGCUUGAAUACAAGUGUCAGAGCCUCAUGAGAGCGGACAAGAAAUAUGCUAGCAAGAAACUCAUGAACCUGACUCAAUGGAGGAAAGUGGUCAAGAGCAGAAAAUCAAUCGAGGCAGCUUCAGUGCAAACUGAUUGGACAUAUACUUUGUAUGCUAAGUUGGGCUCAGUUCUCACUACUCUUUUGCUUCAUGUUGCAAAAGUACAAGUCAGUGGGACUGAUCCCACCACCGGUAAGACUGUCAAGGGUCUUCAGCCUGCAUUCCAUCACACCUAUCAAUUUAUGCUGGGUCAAAGAAUCGGUGUUAUCAAGUUGCACAAAAACCUCGUUAAACAACUCGGAGGAAAUGCAUUCGUGAACCUGGUGCAGCCAUCAUUCCUUCCAAUGUUGGUUCCUCCAAGACCGUGGACUGCUCACAACCUGGGCGGCUACUUGUUCACCCCUUCUAACGUUGUGAGAAUCAAGGAUUCCGCGGAAACCAUCGCAUAUGUGAAAGCUGCUUCGGACGCUCACAACUUGGAUGAAGUUUACAAAGGUUUAAAUAUUUUGGGAGAGACCGCCUGGACGGUCAACUCUAAGGUCCUCGAUGUAAUCUCCCGGUGCUGGAACACAGGUGAACAAUUUUUGGAUAUACCUCCUGUUGCCGAGGAACCCAAAUUGCCUCCCCCACUUCCUUCCAAUGCUGAGCCUUCGCAGAAAAGCGAAUACAUCAAGCAAGUCAAACAAAUCUUAAAUGAAGCGGCAGGUCACAGGUCUCAGAGGUGUGACAUAAAUUACAAGUUAGAAAUCGCCAGGGCAUUUGUUGGAGAAAAGAUGUUUUUCCCUCAUAGCGUCGACUUCAGAGGUAGGGCCUACCCAAUCUCUCCCCAUUUCAACCAUUUGGGAAGUGAUUUGACCAGAUCUCUUUUCCUAUUCUGGGACGGUAAGGAGCUUGGAGAGCGUGGUCUUAGAUGGUUAAAAAUUCAUCUCGCUAACGUUUAUGGUAAAGACAAAGCUCCUUUGGAUGAGCGCGUGAAGUUUGUCGAAGAAAACAUGGACAAGGUAUUUCAAACAGCUCGUGACCCAUUAGGAGAAGAUCGCUGGUGGAUAAAAGGUGACAAACCUUGGCAAGUACUCAGCGUGUGCUUCGAGUUAAACGAAGCCUAUAAGCUUGAAGAUCCAACCAAAUAUGUGUCUUACAUUCCUGUGCAUCAGGAUGGCACAUGUAAUGGUUUGCAGCAUUAUGCAGCUUUAGGUGGUGAUGUUGAAGGUGCCCGUCAGGUCAACUUACUUCCAGCCGAUAGACCUCAGGAUGUCUAUCUGCAUGUUGCUGGUCUCGUCGAGAAGAGACUCGAUGCUGAAGCUGAGGCAGGUGACGAACUAGCUCAAUUUUUGAGAGGCAAGAUCACCAGAAAGGUCGUGAAGCAAACAGUGAUGACGAAUGUUUAUGGUGUUACCUACGUUGGUGCAGUGGCACAAAUUGAAAAGCAAAUUGCUUCUUUGUUCAAGGGUGAGCCAUCUGACAAACUUUCUAUCUACUCGAGAUACUUGACAACUCAUGUGUUUGCCUCUGUAAGAGAGUUAUUCGAAGGUGCACAUUUGAUUCAAGACUGGUUGGGAGAGGCUGCCAAACGGAUUUCGAAGUCUGUGAGAAUCGACUAUGAGGAAACUGCAGCUACGAAUUCUAACAAGCCAAACCAUUUGUCUUCCGUCAUAUGGACCACUCCACUUGGGUUACCUUGUGUUCAACCAUACAGGGCCAACAGACAGCAGACCAUCACAACCAGUUUGCAAGAUGUUUCCAUUUCUGAUCCAUUUGGUGCCUCUCAGGUCGAUGCCAGGAAGCAACAGGCUGCAUUUCCACCAAACUUUGUGCAUUCCUUAGAUGCCACUCAUAUGUUGAUGACUGCGAAAGCAUGCGGUGAGGAUGGUCUUUCGUUUGCAUCCGUUCAUGAUUCGUACUGGACGCACGCCAGUGAUGUUGAUCAAAUGAACAAGCACAUCAGAGAGCAAUUUGUCAAAUUACACCAAGAAGACUCCAUCCAAAAAUUGAAAGACGAAUUUGAAAGACGCUACAAGGGAUUCCUUCAGGUGAUGUCUAUCCCUGGUGAUCAUGAAGUUGCAAUAAAGGUAAAGGAAGUCAGAAAGAAGAUUGUCAAGGACCUUGGGAGAGCCCUCACUGUUGCGGACGAAGUCUACCUUGAAAAGAGAAGACAGGAGCUACUCGAAUCAUCAGAUCCCAAGGAUAUUGAGACUGCGAAGACCAUCACGACGACCGUCAGUGUCACUGAGGGGUAUGACAUGAAUGCCAUCUCAGUUCCUGCUUCACAAUCGAACUCCGUGCAAAUUCUUGCUCCACUCACUUUUCCCGAAAUUCCAUCCAAGGGUGAUCUUGAUGUAAGCCUAGUAAAGGAGUCACAAUACUUCUUUUCAUGA